AUGAACAGGAUCAGCGACCUGCCGGAUUCUAUACUCUUACACAUCCUCUCCUUCCUCCCUACCAAAACCGCCUUCCUCACCACCGUCCUCUCUCGCCGAUGGACCCACCUCUGCCACGACCUACAACACUUCGAUUUCGACCAAAUUCAAUUUCAUAACGGCAACCAAACUUGGUCAGACUUCAGUAAUUCACGAAAGCAAUUGUUUACCAUCGUUAAUUGGAUUCUUUCCUGCCACAAAGCGCCGCCAAUUCGAACUUUUCGUCUCACCUGUGACCUAGAUCAAUUCGAUGAAUACCUUGUGGACUGGUGUGAUAGCAAGGUUUUAGGGCCAAACCUCGAGGAAUUGAACCUCCAACUCGCGUUCGUCGGUCGCUCCUUUCGCAAAGUCGUUAUUCCCAAUGGCGUUUUCAGCUGCACUUCCCUCGUGACUCUCCGUUUAAACGGCGACAUAACAAUCCCUUCGCCAUCGUCGUGCCAUUAUCACUUGCCAUCACUCAAGACACUGCAAUUGUAUAAUGUCGAAACCUCUGUUAGUAACUUGGAGGAGCUUCUCUCUCACUGCACUGCUCUUGAGACUCUUGUUCUUGACUCAGUCUGUCGAUCCCGCGAGGAGGGCCAAUUGAGUAUUUGUUUUCCUUCUUUGAAGAGUUUGCACUUCAAAUCUUUUUAUGUUGACGAUCUUAGAUUGCUUGUUAUAGACACACCAUCUCUUAAACGUCUUGAUAUCCAAGUUGAGUUCUGGAUUCACGAGAUCCGUGUUCGCAACUUACACAAUGUGGAGGAAGCCAGUAUCGACAUUCAUAAGCAAUCCUUUGUGCUCGAGUUUCUUGUGGAGCUUUGCAGGAUAAGGAUUUUGGAGCUGGGUUUAUCAGUGUUUGAUUGUUUGCCUGAGGCUCCUCCGCACCGUAUUCCGGAGUUUACCUGUUUACAGAGGCUAGAGCUUACUGUUAGGUGUUUCGACACCAGAUACAUAAUGGAUAUGCUUCAGAAAUGUCGCAUGCUUAAACUUCUUGCUAUUGUUUUUAAUAGACAAUAUAUAAUACUGGAUCCACAUCCGUCACGAAAAUGGGAACUCCCAGGGAAGGUUCCUACUUGUCUUGCAUCACAUCUGCAAGUGAUUACAAUCAAGAGAUAUGUUGAAACCAGAGAUGAUAGAGAUUUUUUCGCCUAUGUUCUUCAACAAGGACUUGUUUUGGAGUCACUUGAUAUUCAGGUGGAUCGUGCGAGAGCUGAAGGGUUUCCAGAAGAAUUAUCCCUUUUGCCAAGGAGUUCUAAGACGUGCCAAAUUAACUUUAGCUGGAAUUAA